CAAGGAAGCGAACAAGGACAGGUUAUGCACUGACAUCUUAGAGAGGGAAAUGAGAAGGAAUACAAUGGCCGGGAGUGCCUCCAUCACUUCCCAUACAAUGGAUGAUGAUCUUCACAUGAAGCUGCUAUACCUGAAGAACAGAGUGGCAUUUGCAAGAUUAUUCUUCCCUACUGAAGCCAAGCUAGCCAUGGACAUUGGACAUACUGCAACAACACCAGAAUUCGCUGGUCUUGCUGCAUCAAAAGGUUCUGACGGGAAUUUGAGGGGGGCUGACCUAGAUGAGACACCAAUAAUGCAGAACAUAAGACUUCGUUCUAGGAUGGAAGCCCUAACGAAAACAGAAAACUAAUGCAGGAUAUGAAGCCCCUGAUACAUGGACAAUGGAAUCUGGUUCAAUCAUCAAUAGUAUUUCGUAAAAACAUUUUCAAAACUAUUCAACUCAAUAGGCACACUGAAAAUUUUGCGAGAACCCAC